AUGGCGUGGCUGACCACGCAUUCUCCACGGCCGCACCAGCCCAAGUUGCUGAAUUCUUCGAUCUUGAAGCAGAGCUUUCAUGUCCUCACCGUCACUCUGCUCAGCCUCUCGCUUCCUCUCUCGUUCCUUCUGCUGGCGAGGCUCUCGCGUGUCAGCUUUUACUCAUCGGUCUUCGCCGACUCGAUCCCGCAUAUCCUCCCUUUCCCUCUGCCCUUCUUGUUCUAUACCGAUCCAUCCCUGCUUCAUGCGCUCGUGGCAAUUUUCACAGUUUGCACCCUCUUGCACGGCCUGACUGGGAAGAUCACCCCGCUGACCGAGCCGCCACCGGGGGCGGCAUUGCGCCAGGCUCGCCUGCCCAUGGCCUGGGCUGCCCUUUGCAUGCUGCAGUUCUGCGUCUGCCUUGGCAUCGAGGGGAGCAUUGCCGCCGGGGUCGACGGGUCACCACUGCGCCUUGGCAGCGCAGAGAGGAGCCUGCUGAGCAAGACAAUAUUCUUCCUCGGGCUCCAUGAGACCACGGUCUACUGGUCGAGGGCGGUGGUGAGGCCGGUGGUGGACGACACAGUGUUCGGCGGAGCACGGGCGGAGGGGCCGCUCGGGAGGGCGGCAGUGGCAAUGGGGUUCGGCGGGCUGUGGUGGUGGAGGCUGAGGGGGGAGGUGGAGGCGAUGGUGGUGGUGGCGGAGGUCAAGAAGGAGCUGAUGAUGGGCAUCGGGGCUUCUGAUUUUGUGGGGUGGUGGUUGUAUUACCUGACGGUGACAAUAGGGAUGAUCAGGAUUGUGAAGGGCCUCAUGUGGGUUGGGAUUGUUCUGUUCUGUAGACAAGUGAAAGAGGACUUGGGUGAGCCCUGUUUGGAUGAGGAAAUAGUCUGA